ACUAAUUUAAUUUGUGAAUUAUUCAAAAAAUGUCAUCACCUUAUGAUCCAGCGGAUGAUGCAAUUAAUACGGUUCUAUCUGGAUUGCUUCCAGCCUUGAUAUUUGGAAUGUUUCGUGGUUUUGAAAGUGAAAAAAAAAAGAAGAUAUCAUUUAUAAACAUAUUUGACGAUUUAAUCAUAUUUGGAUCUAUUGUCGCAUUUCCUAUGUGUACGGGAUUCGAAUUGUAUCAAUAUUUUAACGUUAAGCCCAACAUAUAUGGAAUAUUGGCUACUCUCAUCACAGCAAUUCUUGGAAUAUUUUCAUACCUCUUGUUCUUAUUUCCACGACGCCAAAUUAAUAAUCUUAAUAUUAAAAUUUUAGACCGUUUAUGUAACCCCAUAUCCUCAACUUACUUCUUCAUUGUUUCACUUGUUUUAUCAUUAUAUUUUGGGUAUUUCAAUCUUUCGUUAAUUACUACUGAUUAUUGUAUUAUAAACAUUGGAUUUAGCAAAUGUAAAACUCUGAAGAUAAUGGUUUCUAUAAUACUUUUGUAUAGUAUCAUAGUACUAUUAUUUCAUCUUAGUUCGCAUCGCGUUAUGAAUAGAAAGAAUACUAAAGUUUUGCUGAGAGUUUUGCAAGUUUUAAAAUGGCUCCAUAUGAUUUCGCUAACCGUUUAUCCAGCGAUUGUAUCGGGAUAUUUACUUAGCGACAACCCUAGAACUACAAAAAUAGCAUUUGGAAUUACCAGUAUAUCUUUUACUAGAUUAGCUAACCAUUUUGGUGAUAAACCUGAAGAAAUCAACACAGCAAUUUCCACUUAUCUAAAUUUCAAGUAUAAUAAUGAAAGCCAGAUAAAAAGUAUAGAAAAACUAACAGAAGAGGUAGAAAAACUAACAAGUAAAAUAAAAAAAAAAAUGAUUGAAGUAAAAAAACGGACAGAUGAGACGAAAGUACAAACUGAACUAACAGGUAAUGAAGUAACAGAGGAGCUAAAAAAUGAAAUUGAAGCAGAGGAGGAAGAAAGAAUUGAAAUUAAAAUAAAGAAUCUAACAAAAGAAUUAACAGAAAAGAUACCCAAACUAAGAAAUACAAAAAUUAAUGAAAUAGAGAAUCUAAUAAAAGAACUAGCGGAUACAUGCAAACAAAACGUUGAAAUUGAAAUAAGUGAACAACCUGAUCCAACAAAAGUAUUAAGCAACUUAAAGAAUGAAAUAAUUGAAAUAGAGAUUCUAAAAGACGAGAUAACUGGGCAAUUAGAAAAUAUGAAAAAACUAAGAGAGGAGAUAAUAAAAGAACAACUGACUAAAAAGGAUUAACUAAAUUUUUUCUCUUAAUAGUAAUAGACAUUUUUUUGUUAUCCGAUAUUUUUAUAUCGAGGUUCAACCCAACUACCUCAUUAUCUCUGUUAUAUAUCCUUGUCUAUUGAUGAAUCGAUAAAAUUUAUGUAUCACGUGUAUCACGUGAUAUAAUCCGCAGUUCGAAUGUUCGAUAAACUUUUUU